CAGGCACCAAAAAACAGCAAAAUCUGCUGAAUCUUUGUUUUUUGUGUUGGCUUCCUCUUCUGGCCGCUGCUUCACUUCAGUUUGCUUUGAAUUCCCCUCGGUGGAUUUUACUCCUGUGUCUGUUCUCGCAGGUUCUCCAUCAUGCUCCAUCGUUGUUUUAUGGUGAUCGGAGCCCUGCUCUCAUUAGCCGUAUCCCCGCUAGUUGCUUCAGAGUCCUGCCAAGCAACAGGGUAUCCCGGGAUACCAGGUAUUCCUGGGCUGCCCGGCAGAGACGGUCGUGAUGGUGAGCAAGGACAAAAAGGAGAUCCAGGGCAACUGUUGCAUGGCGCCGCCGGCCCUGAGAAAGGAGCAAAGGGGGAUCCGGGGCUGCCGGGAUUUCCUGGUAAACGAGGUCAAAGUGGAGAACCAGGGGGAGCAGGGGGCCCAGGAAUUCGAGGAGUAGCAGGAGAACCAGGAGAACAUGGGACCGCAGCAGUCCAGCAGCAGGCGGCCUUCAGUGUGGCGAGAGGAACCAACGACUACCCGGACAGGCGCAGUGUCAUAAGAUUCACCAAAAUCAUCACCAACAUCAAUAAUGACUACAACUCAGCGACAGGACACUUCAGGUGUCGGGUCCCAGGAACGUACUACUUUGUGUACCACGCCUCUGUAGACGACCGCCUCUGUGUGCAGCUGAAGAUGGACAAUACAGUGCUGGCACCGUUCUGCGAUCAUCGCCGCGGCAAACGACAGGUGACUUCAGGCGGCCUGUCGGUCUACCUGUCGAGGGAUCAGGAGGUUUGGAUGGAGACCACAGAAUACAGAGGGAUGAGAGGGACAGCGAACGGUUACAGCAUCUUCUCCGGCUUCCUGGUGCAUGCUCACUGACCAACAGGAAGAGAAACAUAAAACAACCUUUUCCUCACUUGUAUUGAACAGUCUUAUAGCAACAAUUUGAGUGCAAUGAGUGGAACUAGGGACAAAACAAUAGCUCUCCUUGCUUCACAUCGACCAUUUCACCAUUUCCCCUUGUUAAGAAGCAUGUUUGUUACUUUACAUUUAGACAUUUAAUUAAGACAACACCGUCACAUGCUACGAAUCGAAUAAAUACAUGCAAUUUCCUUUUAGGAUACAUGGACAUAUUUUCUUAAAAUGAUCUAAAAAUAAAUAACUAUAAAAGCAAACUUGUUGACAGGGACAGUUGUUCAUUUUCUGAUAUUUACAACAAAACUGAAUGAUAACUCACUCACUUUUUAAAGAUAUCUGUAUGCACUGUUGACUUGGUUUGGUGUUUGCUGAUCACUAAUACAAAGAAUAUUUUUUUCCAUCUUUCUUAUUUUCACUGAGGCUCUACAAUUUACGUUGGAAUAUGUAAAUUACUCUGUUGACGUUACCUUCUCUGUCUCUCAGUAACAGAUAUUAUUGUAUGAACUGGAAACCCAAUAAAACAGCUUAUAAGAACAA